AUGGCCGCCCUGGAGGCAGCCCAAUCCAAAGUGGCCCCUGCCGUUAAGGCGGCCAUCUUGGACGAGGGCACACUGCGCCCAGGGAGUGCGGCCAUCUUGGAAGAGGGCGAGCCUCCCGGCGACAGGCGCAACCUCGGCGGCCAUCUUUGCCCAGGCGGAGGUGAGCCAGAAGGGGCGGAGGGGGACUUUCCCAUGCCGGCGCGCCAGAAAAGGGCGAAGAAAGGCGGCGGUGGCGGCCGCGUGGAUGCGGCGCUCUCGGAGCGCGCGGCGGCGGCGGGCUCGCUCGGCCACCGCCAGCCGCCUGCCGCCUCCGCCGCGCUCCCCAGGAUGUUCAGCUGCGUGGGCUGCUUCUGGGUCCUGUUGUCCUCCUGCCUGGUGGCCGUCUGCAGCUUCAGCUUCCUCUCGCCCGCUUGGAUCGUCCGAGAACGCGGCGGCGCCCGGCGCUUGGUGGUGGCCGCUGCGGCUGCCGCCCUGGAAGGCGGCGAGGGCGGCGGCGGCGAGGUGAGCUUCGGCUUGCUCUGGCACUGCUCCGAGGCCGUGCGCCACCUGUACGAUUGCUACGCCUUCGGCGGCCUGGGGCGCUUCAGCGAGAUCCCCUCCGGGUCCUGGCAGACAAGCGCCGUGCUGUGCGCGGGGGGCUGUGCGCUCCUGGCCUUCAGCUCGCUGCUGGCCGUGAUUGUGCUCUUCCUUCCCAGCGGGCCGUGCGAGCGGCGGAUCUGCACCCUGGCCUGUUACAUUCAGAUGGCUGCAGUGUUCAUCAUGGGAUUUGGGCUUUUGGUCUAUCCUUUUGGUCUUGGAUCUGCCACCGUGAGGAGACACUGUCAGGAUUCGAGCAUCUUCUAUGCAGGCGAUUGCCAAAUCGGAUGGGGGUACAUGCUGGCGAUUGUCGGGGUCAUGUUGUCGGUCUUUCUGCCAUUCUUUGCGAAAUAUGCACCCAAAGAGCACGCCUCUCCCACGCCGAUACCUGCGAUUUUAUAGCAUUUUGUCCGCAUCGAACAAUCGAAUGCUCCCUUCUGAAAUCUACGGACCGCAGAGAGUU